CCGAAGUAUAGUCAUUAGUCGGACAGUGACACUCAAUGACAUUUCCUGCAGGUGGCACGCAGAGUAGUCCCACGAGUUGCGUUUCUUUGUGCUUUACUGUUUUCUAUGUUUACCGUGUUACGUUUUAAGCGUUAUUGCAUCUUAUUAUUUAUGUGCUAGUGUUACACUACUACGGAUUUUCGGUUUACCACAACUUAUUGUGCUCCUGUGCGUCCACAUUAAUAGCUGUUUCUUGUUUUAACACUGAUAAAAAUGGACAAACUUUUCAGAAAAUUUCCAAUUGAUAAUACAAUUGACCAACAAAAUUCUUAUGGAUUUGUGGACAAUAAUACAGUCGAUAAUAACAGAUACGGACGUGAUAUUUAUACAUCCGAUAAUGACAUUGUCCCAGGAUCCAUGGAAAAUAGUAUGAAAAGGACGAAAACGAAAAGCAGUAGGAAGAAAAAGAUGAGGAAGAAGAAGAAAAAAGCUAUUAUCAAAAAAAUUUUAGCAGAUCAGAAAAGAGGGAAUGUACCAUUUAACGCUGGUUCUAUUCCACUGGUUGAAAUAUCAGAAGAAGAAAAUAUCUUUCCUGAUUUGCAAGAAGAAGACGUUUCCAACAACGAGAAUUUAUUGGAGCUUUCCUCAAUUUCCGAACUUUCCGAAGUUCCCGAAGACGACUAUAUGUUUGCAGACGAAAUUGUAGUAAAUAAUGGUUUGAACUUGGAAACUGAAAAUCUGGACGAUGAUGCAAAGAAAGAGUAUAGUAUUACCAAGGUCGUUCCAUCACCGAAUAAUGAAGAUACGUCUGAUGACUGUAUGUCAAGUAUACAAAUGAGCAUGACCGUUCACCAAAACUUAAUGAUGGGAUUGAAAGUCAACAGACCCCUUAGAUAUUGUCCCUUUUGUGAAUACAUAACAAUUGAAGGGCUUGAAAUCCACAUCAUGCAAAUGCAUUAUUAUAUUAUGAAUGAGCCAAUCGAAAAAAACAUAAAUCAACUGCUGUCGAUUCAAACAGAAAGCUGCAAGUUAAUCCGUCUCAACACUGUUCGUGAUAUAGUGGGCCGAAAGCUGUGGCAAGACCCAACAAUAAGGAAAACACUGCACACUCUCUUAAAAAUGCUUCAAGUAGAACUGUGGCUAGGGAGUUGGGCAUUACCUAAUGUGCCAUUCUUUAAUCAUUUGGCACCAUAUGUCAAAACUUCAUACAUCAAUAAUUGGUUUGAAAAUGAGAAGAAAGAAGAAAUCGAUGAUCCUCCAUCAUCUCCUUCAUCAGUCAUAACAAAAUCAACCUCAAUCUAUACGGAAGGCAGUGAACAAGACUUUAACUACAAUGGUCAUUAUUCUCAUGACAAUGUUGAUAAUAUGUCGGAAGGCAUUCCUAACGUUCCUAAUUAUUUCGAGUCAUUAACUGAACGACUUCGGAACGCUGGUUUGCUGAAGAAGCUGAAUGCGGAUCAUCCACUUAUAUCACUUUAUCGUAAUGUAUUUAGGAAAAAACAACCCAACAAGCCUUUAGCUAUCAAUAUGCAAUUGGCCACUACCAGCAGGGUGUUGCGUUAUGUACAAGAUAAAUGCAUUCAAAAUGAAUUACCUGUUCACCAUUGGCUAGUGCUACUUCAGAAGCCGGAUUAUAUUAUUGAGUACCUGAGACUUCGCGAAAAACUUGGCCAAACUACAAGUACCACCAUGAACUAUUUACAAGUUUUAAUGCCUAUGUUUGCCUAUGCCAUGACAUCUUUUCCAUACGAUGAUCCAACGUUCCCUAUGGUGGAUGGGUUCCCAGACGAUAAAGUGAUCAAUGGGUUCAAGUAUACUCUUGAUCAACUUCUGGAGGUGUUUCCUGAUUCCAUAGAUUUUUUUUCAAAUAUCUAAUAAAAAUAAAUAAAAACAAACUUGUAGUUCUACACCA